AUGUCGAUCUACGACUCUGCCGAGAACGAGUUCGUUAUGGAAAAUUAUGGCAUGACUCAAAGUCCGGACGCCCUGAUCGAGAAAGACUUCAUGAAUGCGAAGGCCUAUUUAUUGACGGCCAGCACUAAAUCAGGCAUGAACUUAUAUGACCACCUGGCAACCGUAUUAACUUCAAUAAUUGAAAAGCACCCUCUCAAUCCUCUUGAAGACUUUGAGGAAUUUUGUUUUGAAGCCAAAAGGAAUCGAUUCAUUUACAAAUUAGACACAUUUUUGGAAAAGAAACCAAAGUCAAAAGAAGUGACAUUAGCUGAGAUUCAACACAAAAUGUUCAAAAUCCGAUUUUGGGGCAAAUUGUUCGGCCUGAGAAGCAACUACAUCGUGGCCGAGGUUCAGUUCAGUAGGGAUGUGCUGAUUGAUGCCAGGGAGGUGUACGAGAUGAAUGAUGCUGAUACAGAGGCUGAUACUUUAUCUACUAAUGUAUUGAAGCCGUCUGCGAUGAUACCAACACUGAUGCCAACUGACACGACGUCAGCCAUCUUGAAAUUUGAUGAAAUUCAAAAAGUGGAGGAGGAAAAAGUUGUUGAAGAUACUCCAGCUAAUCGGUUUCAGAAUCAGCAGCAGAAGAUGAUAGAGAAGAUGCAACAGUUGCAGCAACUCUCUCCGCAACAGCAACUGGAUUUGUUGCACCAACAAAAACAGCAGGAAUUAAAGCUGCAGCAACUGCAGCAACAACUUCAGCAGCUGACUCCCAACGAGAUGGGUGAUCACUUUGUUGAUACGACCUACGUCAGGAAGUUGACCGCCGAUAUUUUAGAAGAGUCGCUGGCUCCCACAUACCCGCCUCUUCCAGAACCAUUUUUCAUUAAACCGACACCAACACCUCCCGAAAAGCCGAGAUCCGGCAUAAACUUGAAGUCAUAUUUCGUCUGCUCGGAACCAGGAAUGGCCUGGGUUCGACUGCCUAAUGCCACUCCAAGCCAGGUUGUCACCGCUAAGAAGAUUAAAAAAUACCUCACCGGUGAUUUAGAGGCUCCAGUGCACUCGAAUCCAUUGUUCCCUGGCAGGGAGAAGCAUCUGCUGAGAGCCACCAUCGCCAGGAUAUCGUCGGCCACUCAAGUCUCACCAACAGGAUUUUAUCAGAUAGAUGAAGAGGAUGCGGAAGAAGAGGAACUGGAGGAUCAGGAAGCAGGAAGCACUGGCAGGGUCGUGGAAAACUCGGACUACGAGCCACUGACUGUUCAGGAGUUGGCAGAUCCCACACUCGAUGGCUGGGUUCAUCAUGCUCCCUACAUACUGGAUCAAGGCCGAACAAAAUGGUGGGAUCCGACAGUGAGUUUGAGUGAUGUUAAGAGGAGGUACGCCAUGCACAGGAAAGCUGUUGACAAGAUUAUCAAGGAGAGCUAUGCUAAGUUCUUAAAAAGUAGAAAAACAGAUGAAGAAGAAAUUGAGGAGGAAGAGGAAGAAGAAGAGAUUAAAGAUGACGACGAAGAAGAUGAUCAGAUGGAACCGGAAGUUGGACCCCCUCUGUUGAGUCCGCUUUCAGAAGAUAGUGAAUAUGACGGACAGCCGGCCUGGUCAGUCAAGUUAUCGUCAAAACUUUUGCCGCAGUACGCAUGCGCUGUCCUUCAAUCUAAUAUCUGGCCUGGAGCUUAUGCUGUAGCCAAUAAUAAAAUAUUUGAAAACGUGUACAUUGGCUGGGGACAAAAAUUUGGUAUGUCGGGUUACAAUCCACCUGAUCCGUUCGACCUCCAGAUUGAGUACCAUCUUGCGGACAGUGACGAGUUGUCCGAGAUUUCCGACCCCACUGUCCGUGAAGAAGAUGCCUGGUUCAGGGCCCACAAACCCCCGGAAGAAGACAACGAGGAGGAAGUAGAUGAGGAGGAGGAAGAGGAGGACUCUGAUGUCUUAGCGGAAUCAGUUGAUCGCACUGAUAUGGAUAGAAAAAGAGAUCACAUUCGUCACCGAAUCACCAUCAGCAGUUCAAGCAGCAGCAGUAGCAGAAGUCGAAGCAGUGGAAGUAGCAGAUCUUCUUCCAGAGGACACAAACAUCGCAGACGCAGUAGUACUCGUAGUAGAUCGAGAAAUAAUAGAAGCAGGCGUAGGAGUGGCAGUCGACAGAGAGAUAAAGAUUACAAGAAGAGUGAUUACAUCGGGACUAACAGCAAAGAUCCGAAAAUGAUUGCCUCCAGGAUUUACAUAGGCAAUAUGCCAACUGAUGGCUCAGUUACAAAAGAGGAUGUUGAAAAUAUUUUCAAAAAAUAUGGAAAGAUUAUUGGUCUCCUGCUGAUGCCCAGCUAUGCAUUUAUUCAGUUUGAUAAUGAGGAGUCUGCCAACAAAGCGAGAGAGGAAGCUGGCACUCUUCUUAAAGGACACACCCUUGAAGUGAGACUUGUCACAGAGAGAAAGAAGCAAGGCACGUCACAACCUGAUCAUCCUAUCCAUCCUGAACCUCCAUCUUAUUAUCCGAUGCCACCACACCCGGGCUUUUACCCUGGGGGACCAAUGCCCCCACCACCUCCGUACAUGCAUCCUGGUAGAUUGCCACUCCCACAUUUUUACGAUCCCUUCUUGAGGCCGAGGGGGAUGCUCCCGGGACCUCCCAAUCCUCCUGCUUCCAUGCACCAUCCUCUUCCACCUGUUAUGGAUCCAUACGCUGGAGCACCAUACAUGGAACCAGCAGUACAGAUGACCUUGAAUCCUCCACUGCCUCCAAUUGCAUCAACAGUCAACAAACCAUUAGCUGUGGCAAUUGACUGUGACAUCAUUUUAGUAAGCAAUGAACAAAGAAUGUAUGGUGAAAGUGUUAAAACUCGUCUGCUGGCAUCUGGUUUGACUGUUGAGAUCAAAAUUCUUCCUCACGAUCUCACAACACUGAGUAUGGUUGAAAGUGCUGGUAGGAAGGGCCUGCUCUUUGCUAUCAUCAUCAAUGAUCAAAAUGAGAUUCACCGGUCAAUCACUGUUAACAUCUUGCAUGGGUCACCACAGGAGCACAGAAACAUGCCACUGGAUGACGCUAUAACUCUCAUCACUAGAAGUUUUGAUAAAUAUGUCCUGAACAAGAAAGAAAGGUUAACAGCUGCUGCAAACGCAAAAGAUGUUUUUCAGCCUCCAGGUCAAAACAUUGUCUACCUUCUCAAUCUUCUUGCUGACAUUCGGUUCCUUACUGUUCCCGAGUUGGAUUCCGUGCUGGAAUAUUUAGUGGAGAGGAGGAAUCUGCUUGCUAGGACGAAAAAUAUUCCACCCUGGACCUCUAUCAAAGAACGUCAUGCUGCGCAUCCAAGUGGCCAUCCACAACAACAGCAGCAGCAACAACAUCAGAGAAUGCAGAAACAUACGAACGACGAUUUUAAUUUGAACCACAAUUCCACUCUCAACGCACCUUCCCAUAUCAAGGAAGAAAAAUCCGGCCUAUCAGCUGUGUUUGACAAUCCUUUAGUACAAAAAGCAUUGAAUAACUUGCUGAACAACGGACCCAGCAUACUCAAAUCAAUAAAUAACGACUCAUCAACGAACAACGGAGCACACUACCAGACCAGUAACAAUAGCAACAGCAAUGAUGAUAAUGCUAGCAACAUUAACAACAACGGAGCCGGCGAUCGUGUCAACGAAAGCUGGUCAAGUUACGUGAAUAGUGCGUCUGAGUAUCGUUAAAAUUGUCAUUCAUGUAUUAUGUCGUGUUUUAUACUUUUCGAACUGUAAUAUUUUUUAAAUUAAACGUGUAAAGCUUCCCUGUUUA